GAAAGUUGAGGCCGUGCUGCCGCCGGGUCUCCGGCCUUGAGGGCUCCGGCUCGCAGCGGCGGCGGUGGCCGCAAGAAGAGGCGGCGGGGGCGGGGGGAGAGGAGGGCCUGGGCCCGCGCUCCCCCAGCCCCAGAGGAGCAGGCGGCGGCCGCGGACGGAGAUUCGCCCCGGCGGUCGGACACUCCUGCCGUCCCCGCCUGGGAUCAUGACCCAGGUGGGCGCCGCCGCCGCCGCCGCCGCCGCCGCGGCCGAGACCGCGCAGCCCGCGGUAAGAAGAAAACAAAACUUAUAGACCACCCUCUGGCAGAAGAUGAUAGAUUUGGAUCAGUAACAGGAGGUGUUGGAAGCCAGGAAUCAAAAGUGAAGAAAUUCUGCAAAUCCUUAGGGAGAAAACAGGAAACCACACUUGCCAUCUCCUCCACUGUACAGAACAGGUAUCCCAACUUGACAGACCUCUUUUGAAAGGUUGUCAGACCCUGGUUUCAUUAAUUGUGAGUUUUGACUGUUCAUAUGGGAUUGUUCUUCUUUCCUGAGGUUCCUAUCACUGUAACCACUGUAACCAUGCCAGAAAUGACAGAGAAUGAGACUCCUACAAAAAAGCAGCACAGAAAGAAAAACCGGGAGACACACAAUGCAGUGGAGAGGCAUAGAAAGAAGAAAAUCAAUGCUGGGAUAAACAGAAUAGGAGAGCUGAUCCCGUGUUCCCCUGCACUGAAGCAGAGCAAGAACAUGAUUCUGGACCAAGCCUUUAAAUAUAUAACAGAAUUGAAAAGGCAAAAUGAUGAACUCCUGCUUAAUGGAGGAAACAAUGAACAAGCUGAAGAGAUUAAGAAGCUACGCAAACAACUGGAAGAAAUUCAAAAAGAAAAUGGCCGAUAUAUUGAAUUACUGAAAGCAAAUGACAUAUGCUUAUAUGAUGACCCCACAAUCCACUGGAAAGGAAAUCUUAGAAACUCAAAGGUCUCUGUUGUUAUUCCCAGUGACCAGGUUCAAAAAAAUAUCAUUGUUUAUUCCAAUGGGAGUCAUCCUGGUGGAAACAGCCAGGGAACAGCUGUUCAGGGGAUAACCUUUAAUGUUGGUCAUAAUUUACAAAAGCAAACCGCCAAUGUGGUGCCAGUACAGAGGACUUGCAGUCUUGUGACUCCUGUGUCUAUUUCUGGAGUUUACCCUUCCGAAAACAAGCCAUGGCAUCAGUCCACAGUUUCUACAUUGGCCACCAACCAGCCUGUUCCUCUUUGUCUUCCUGCUACCAUUUCUGCUCAAAAUAUUCUUGAACUUUCCACCUCCGAAAGUGAAUCAAGUAUGCCUGGCGUGACUAGUGGCUCAUUGAUCACUGUUCCUGUUGGGCCUGAACCUCACCAACAUUGUUCCUUGCACACAUGUCUAAAUGAUCAAAGUUCUUCUGAAAAUAAGAAUGGGCAGGAGAGCUCCACAUUACUGAAGAAAAUGGUCCCUUGUGUCACAAGUGUCCCCGCCAGCUCCCCAGCCACUGCCACCAAAGCACACUAUGGCAGCAAGUCAUGCCUGAGCACACAGGAUUUCAGAAGUGAUUUUCAAACCACCUUUGUUGUUUCAGUUACCACCACAGUCUGCUCCCAGCCUCCCAGGUCUGCAGGUGAUUCUUGUCCCGUGAGUAUGAACAAGGGUGCGGACUCAGCAAGUGUUACUGCAGUGGUGGCCCCAUGUUCCCCUGGAGUGGGGAAGGCCACCACUCCUGUAAGCACUCUUUCUGCAAACCCUUUGGACAGUCGUUGGAUGCUUUCUUAUUCUUUGCCUUCUUCAACUGUUAGUACUUCUGAUUUGAAAAACAUUAAUAGCCUUACCCGAAUUCCCUCAGCUGGAAACACGCAGACAACGUGGACUACUUUGCAACUGGCAGGAAACACUAUUCAGCCCUUAAGCCAGAUACCAUCUUCUGCAGUGCCCCCAGUAUUAAAUGAAUCUGGUACUAGUCCCACCACAACCAACCACAGUAGACAUGGAGCUACAGGCACCAACUUGAGUAAUUCUUUUCCAGCAGAUGGGCAGCCAGUUGAGCAAGUAGUUGUAACCUUGCCUUCUUGUCCAUCUUUACCUAUGCAGCCGCUGACUGCCCAGCCACAAGUUAAAUCUCAGCCUCCAAAAAAUAUCAUUCCAUUGAAUUCAGCAAUGCAGGUGAUUCAGAUGGCGCAGCCAGUUGGGUCGGCUGUUAAUGCAGCUCCAGCUAAUCAAAAUGUUAUCAUUCUUCAGCCACCCAGCACCACACCAUGCCCAACAGUGAUGAGGGCAGAGGUUCCCACCCAAACAGUAGGUCAACAGAUAGUCAUCAUACAGACAGCUAAUCAGAACCCUUUGCCUCUCCUCUCAGCUCCACAUCCUGGUUCUGUUCGACUCCCUGUCAAUGGAGCCAAUGCUAUAAUUGGGUCUAAUAACUCAAUGCAAAAUGUUUCGACCCCACAAACUUUUGGCGGAAAGCAUCUUGUUCACAUAUUACCAAGACCUUCAUCGUUACCAACAUCUAAUUCAACUUUUUCUGUUACCAUGUCAAACCAACAACAGCCUCAAACCAUUUCUUUAAAUGGACAGCUCUUUGCUUUACAGCCUGUGAUGUCUUCAUCAGGAACUACAAAUCAAACCCCUAUGCAAAUUAUUCAACCCACCACCAGCGAAGAUCCAAAUACCAAUGUUGCCCUGAACACAUUUGGUGCUUUGGCCAGCCUCAAUCAAAGCAUAUCACAGAUGGCUGGGCAAAGCUGUGUGCAAUUGUCCCUUAGCCAGCCUGCCAACUCUCAGACUGCUGCAAAUAGUCAGACCACUCCAGUUAACUGUGUUUCAUUAACAACAACCAUAGCAUCUUCCAUGACAACAGAUAAUUCAGCCACACUAACCAGUACUUAUAAUUUAGUGACUACUCCCUCAGUGAACAUGGUAACUUCUUUGCCUAAUGUGAAAUCAAAAAGGUUGACUAAGAAGCCAGGUGCCAAGAAAUAUUUAGCAUCUAACAAGUCAGCCUGCCCUCUAAAUCCAGUCAGAGAUAUGGACAAAUUAGACUGCCCUGGCCCUGAAGGCCCCGCGGAGCCAUCGUAUAAUGGCGGACUGCUGGAAAGCCUCCCUGUGGUAUUACCGUCUGCCGCUUUGGCCCCGGCAAAUAGUGUAAGUGUUUCUGGUCUACAUUCCUUAGAUGCUCUGGAUUCUGAAUCAGUGAUACCUGAGUCUAAGUCAGCGGAAGAGUCUAGCUCACCCUCCCAAGAAUCUGUAACAAGUGAACAUUUUACAGUGGCCCCAGCAAAAUCCAAAGAUUGUGUCCCUAUUUUACAACAAGACACAUCUCAGGAGAAGCCACCGACUAGUUUGGCAUUGUCAGAUGCUGCUACAUCCUGCACUUCAGCUAACGUGUUGAUUCCAUCUCCAAAUGAUCCCCACAUUUUGGUUUCUCAGGUUUCUGAUUUGUCAUCUGCUGCAAGCACUACAAGUACUGACUGUGUUUCUGAGGUGGAAAUCAUUGCUGACUCUUGCAGGGUUGAGCAAGGUUCAUCAGAUACAGUGCAAACCACAGGUCACUUAAAGGGGCAAGGUUUAACUGAACUGCUAUCUGGUCUUGCUAAAGAAAAAAACCCUCGGAAACCACCUCUUUCAGUCCAGGUGGACCAUCCUGAUUUUUCUUCAGAAAGUUCUAAAAUAGUGGAUUCAAGUGUUGAUUUGCAUCCCAAACAAGAGCUGUUGCUGAUGAACAGUGAUGACAGAGAUCCAGGACAGCAUCAUGCCUGCAUUCCUGAUCAGGAAGUUAUGAGUGGUUCUUUGCUCACCAGUAGACAGGCUGACUCUCCCAUGUCAACGAGCUCUGGCAGUAGUCGUAGUUUCUCAGUUGCAUCCAUGCUUCCUGAAACAAGUAGAGAGGAUGUCACCAGCAAUGCAACAACUAAUACUUGUGACAGCUGUACCUUUGUAGAGCAAACUGAUAUAGUUGCUCUUGCAGCAAGAGCUAUUUUUGACCAGGAGAAUCUUGAGAAGGGAAGAGCUGGCACCCAGGCUGAUAUGAGGGAAGUUACUUCAAAGCCUUCUGAAGCAUCAUCUUUAGAGGGAGACCAACCUUUCAAAACACAGGUAUCUAAAGAGAAUGGCUCAGGACAGGCAGAGGCAACACCAAAUGAAUUCAAUCCUCAGGAUUCAGUUGAAGCAACUGUGGAUAGGCCCCUUGAAAAACCAAGUUGUUCCAUAGGAAUUAAAACAUCAAAUGCCUCUUUACAGGUUUCAACUUCUCAGCCCCCAAGCAUCACCAGUUUAAGUGUGAAUAAUCUCAUCCAUCCGAGCAGCAUCAGCCAUCCUCUUGUCAGCUGUGCUGGUUUAUCCCAAACUUCAGAACAAACAGCUGUCCCUGCAACAGUUGAUCUGACUAUUGGAUCUAGCUCCUACGUCAGUCAGCCUCCCGGACCAUCUCUCAUGACUGAAUAUUCCCAAGAACAGCUGAAUACUAUGACUGGUGCCAUACCAAACCCACAGACUCAAGAACUCUUAAAGCCAAGUCAUGAAAACCGUAAAGACUCUGCGAAGCGUGCUGUCCAAGAUGACCUCUUAAUGUCUUCAGCUAAACGUCAAAAGCAUUGCCAGCCAGCCCCCGUCAGGCUUGAUGGUAUGACCCUAAUGAGCCGCACUCCAGACAGCAUUUCUGAUCCAACUCAAAUGAUGGUUAGUCAGAUCCCUCCCAGCUCUUCAAACUCAGUUGUGCCGAUUAGCAACCCAGCACACGGAGAUAGCCUUACAAGAUUAUUCCCACCUGGUAACAACUUUGUGGCCCCUGCUUUGAGGCAAACUGAAGUUCAGUGCAGUUCUCAGCCUUCGGUUGCUGAGCAGCAGCAAGCCCAGGCCAGUCAACAUUUACAGGCCCUGCAACAGCAUGUUCCAGCACAGGCGGUAUCUCACCUGCAUAGUAACCAUCUCUACCUGAAGCAGCAGCAGCAAGCAGGGCAGCUAAGAGAGAGGCAUCCCUUGUAUCAGCUGCAGCACCAUGUGCCCCAUGCAGACAGCUCUGUCCACCCUCAGCCCCACAGUGUCCACCCACAGAGAGCUUUGCAGCAGGAAGUUCAGCUGCAGAAAAAGAGGAGCCUUGUUCCGGGCACACAGACAUCUCAGCUUUCCUUACAAACGAAGCACCACGGCACUGACCAAUCCCAACCCAAGAGUGGUCAGCCACAUCCCCACCAUCAGCAGAUGCAGUCACAGAUGCAACAACGCUUUGGAAGCUCCCAGCAGGAGAAGAGCUGUGAAAACCCAUCAACGAGCCGGAACCACCAUGCCCACCCCCAGAACCAUCUCAGUCAGGAUAUUAUGCACCAGCAGCAGGAUGUUGGAAGCAGGCAGCAAGGUUCAGGGGUUUCUUCUGAACAUGUAUCUGGGCAUAACCCGAUGCAGAGGCUCUUGACAUCUAGAGGCAUAGAGCAGCAAAUGGUGUCCCAACCAAGCAUUGUGACUAGACCUUCAGACAUGACCUGUACCCCACACAGGCCAGAGAGAAACAGAGUUUCAAGUUACUCUGCUGAGGCGCUCAUUGGAAAGACAUCUUCUAAUUCAGAGCAGAGAAUGGGUAUAUCAAUUCAGGGUUCCAGAGUUUCAGAUCAGCUUGAAAUGAGAAGCUAUCUGGAUGUUUCCCGAAAUAAGGGUUUGGCCAUUCAUAACAUGCAGGGUCGUGUGGAACAUGCUGUUGCCUCAGAUAUCCGCCUUUCUGACUGUCAGACAUUUAAACCAACUGGAGCCAGUCAACAGCCCCAGAGUAAUUUUGAAGUACAAUCUUCAAGAAAUAAUGAAAUAGGUAACCCUGUAUCAUCAUUGAGGAGUAUGCAGUCCCAGGCUUUUCGAAUUAGUCAAAACCCUGGCCCACCACCAAUCGACCGACAAAAGAGAUUACCGUAUCCAUCAGUUCAGAGCAUCCCAGCAGGAAAUGCUGUCCCAGCAAGGGACAGUGAAAAUACAUGUCACCAAAGUUUCAUGCAAAGUUUACUUGCCCCUCACCUUGGUGAUCAGGUCAUUGGGAGCCAGAGAUCUCUCUCGGAACAUCAGAGGAAUACACAGUGUGGUCCAUCCUCUGCAGUUGAAUAUAGUUGUCCCCCAACUCAUGAAGGUGUCCAUAUUAGAAGAGAUAGUGAGAGUCAGAAUAGAGAAAGUUGUGACAUGUCCUUAGGUGCCAUUAACACCAGGAACAGCACCUUGAAUGUUCCAUUUUCGAGUUCUUCUUCCUCAGGAGAUAUUCAAGGUCGAAACACAAGUCCCAAUGUUUCUGUACAGAAGUCCAAUCCCAUGAGGAUCACUGACAGUCAUGGGACCAAAGGCCAUAUGAACCCUCCAGUCACAACUAACAUACAUGGGAUUGCAAGGCCAGCUUUGCCCCAUCCAUCUGUGUCUCAUGGAAAUGCUGAUCAAGGGCCUCCUGUACGUCAGACAAAUUCUUCAGUUCCUCAGCGAUCGAGGCAUCCCUUGCAAGACAGCAGUGGUUCCAAAAUUCGUCAACCUGAAAGGAAUCGUUCUGGAAACCAAAGGCAUAGUAAUGUCUUUGAUCCAAGUCUUCCCCAUCUUCCUCUGUCUACUGGUGGCAGUAUGAUUCUUGGACGCCAACAACCCACUACAGAGAAGAGAGGAAGCAUUGUUCGUUUCAUGCCCGAUAGCCCACAAGUACCUAAUGAUAAUUCAGCACCUGACCAGCAUACACUAUCACAAAAUUUUGGUUUUCCUUUUAUUCCUGAGGGUGGCAUGAAUCCACCAAUAAAUGCUAAUACUUCUUUCAUUCCACAGGUUACCCAGCCUAGUGCCACUCGAACUCCAGCCCUCAUCCCUGUAGAUCCCCAAAAUACACUACCUUCUUUCUAUCCCCCAUACUCUCCUGCUCAUCCUACACUGUCCAAUGAUAUUUCGAUCCCCUAUUUUUCUAAUCAAAUGUUCUCCAAUCCUAGCACAGAGAAGGUAAACAGUGGAAGUUUAAAUAACCGAUUUGGAUCAAUUUUAUCUCCUCCCAGACCUGUUGGUUUUGCUCAACCGAGUUUUCCUCUUCUCCCUGAUAUGCCACCGAUGCACAUGACCAACUCUCACUUAUCCAAUUUUAAUAUGACAUCAUUGUUUCCAGAAAUAGCUACAGCUCUUCCUGAUGGCUCCGCAAUGUCACCUCUGCUUACAAUAGCAAACUCCUCUGCCUCUGACUCUUCCAAGCAGUCCUCAAACAGACCUGCCCACAACAUAAGCCAUAUUUUAGGUCAUGACUGCAGUUCGGCUGUUUAAAUACCAAUAGACUAAACGUACAUGUAAUGGGUGAGAUUACAAAUGUAUCUGUGUGUGCAUGCACACAUACGUGCACGUGGAGAGAGAGUUUGUGCGUAUGUAUGUCUAUGUAUGAUCAAUGUCCAGUUACCUUCUGAAUGUAAGGAAGCCAUGUCAGAGAUGAUGGGUUGCCAGAAACAAAUUAUCUUUCAUUUUUAACUGCAUGGUGUGCUUUUUAAAUUUUCCCAGCAGAUUUGCAUUUUCAAGUUUGUAAUCUUCUGUUCCCUAAAAUAUUAAUCAGCUGAAAGUUGGGGGCUGUCAUCUUGGUGUGUGCUAGGUAGAAGAAAGAAGCCUAGAUUUUAAACUUGAUAAUUUGUCAAGUAGUGUGUUGAGAUAAUUGAGUUGCUCUCCCAAAGUACUGACAGUUUGAUGUAACACAAUGGCUCAUAACCAAAUGCCAACUGAUGUCAGCAUUCAGAACAGUUUCUUACCCAUGGUAAAUGUUGAAUUAAUAAAGAACGAAUGUCUAUGGUUAAAGUCAAACAGUUGGCAAAUAAAUGAGUUGUUUAAUCAGCCUUAUUCCCAAGGUUUGGUUUAGGUAGAGGGUUCUUAAUUAUAGCAAAGCAUAAAAUACCUGAAUUUUAUGUCUUGCUCUUCAAAUUAGGGAGCCAUGCUAUCCUUUAAUGUGCCAAGAUCCUGUAAAGCAAAGGUCUUCCUUAAACAAUUAGCCUUAAAAAUAGAAAGCAAAAAUGCAAAGUACAGAGAUGUUCUGUAUUCUGUAGUAGCAUUUUGCAUCAGGCCGUAAGGAUAAAAGCAGUUAUAUCGUGAAGUUUUGCAUGUGUUCAGUUAAAGAUUGUUGUUUCAUCAAGUGAAUUUGUUUUAGUGUUUUCUCUUUGUUCUAUUUAUUUGGUCUUGAAGUAAAUUUUUUUUACAUUUGUUUAAUCGUUGGGGACUGAUCAGUAAAUAGGAUCUUGGGAAUCUACAUAAUUAUUUGAGUCUUUUUAAAUAUUUCUAAGGAGAGUUUUAAGCUCUGUCAGUAUCUUUAUUUACUGAUAUUUAUGUUUAAAAUAUGGCAUUGUAUGUUGCAUUAUCUUUCAUAGUAGUAUUAUAACCAGAAGAUGAGUUUGUUCAUUAUUUUUCCUGAUGGUAGAUGCGAAAUGGUGCUUCAAAUAAUUGUCUUUAUGUAUGUCUGUCUGUGUGAGUGUGUGAGUACACGGACAGAGAUUUUUAAAGUAUAAACUGGUCCUUUAAAAAUAGGCCUGCCAUCUGCGAAAUGGGAAAUUGAGACCUGCUGAAGUAUAGAAAACCUGAUGUCAGGGUUUCAAAAAGCCCCACUUAAGUUAAUCAUAAAUCUAAAAAAUAUGUAUGUAUAUAUACACUCAUAUAUUGCUUUUGCAAACUUAAAAAAAAAGCCCUAGGGAAACAACCAUAUACACUUAUAUGCCCCAACCCGUUAUUGUCUGUUGUUAUACUCUGCCAAAAAUGGAGUGAGUGAAAUGGGAAGGAUGCAUAUGAACUGUCCUGUCUGCUCUACUAACAGAGUGAACCCAAAUGCAAGCAUUUAAUUUUUUCCCCUUAAGAAAGCCUCCUAAGGCCUGGGCAGGGCAGUUAAUUCCAGCGAAUACCUCUUCCAAAGACUCAGCAAAAGGGUCACCUGUGCCUCUUCAACUGUUCUUACCAAACUUCCCGAUCUCUUCCUGCUUCUGACUGAGGCAGCCACCUGGGCAGAAAAACAUUGUGAAGAAGGAAAACUUCUGUAUUUGCUCCCUUUGGAAUGGUCAUAGGGAGGAAUAGAAGUUACUUAAGACAACAGAUAAACACAGUAGUUAAAACCCGUAUUUGAGGAGAAAAAAUGAGAGUUUCUACUUGUUUUCUAACCUUAACUGAGUUUUAAGCUUAACAUUCACAUGUUUCCUUGUACUUGAAAGGUUCAGUCUGCCAGUUUUAAGGACAGUUUUCAACGUGGUUGGCUUCGUUUUCACUCCACCCCCUCUUUCUCACUGUCUCUGUCUCCGUCUCUCACGUAUACAGCACAGUAGCCAUUGAGUUUGGAAGAACUGGUGACUGUUAUCUGUAAUUGGAACUAAGGUAACAAGCUAAGAGAAGAUCAGUUUGAACAUUGUAGUGGAAGAGCUUCAAAGCCUGGGACUUCCAGAUAUUUCUCUAUUGCACUGAUUAUAAUUUUCUGUCUAACUCUGUUCAGAGAUAGCAUUUACAUUUCUCAGAGCUCUCACUCCACUCAUAUAACACUUAGAUCCCAAGUGAGUCUCUAAGUAAGGCUAUUUGACCAUCUGAAGAAAGAUGUGACCACCUGCAAAUAAUUGGGUUCCUGUGUACCUGUAGCUCUGAAUUUACAGAUAUGCGUGUGUAUGUAAGAGACCAUUUUAUGUAG